ACACACACACACUCCGCUUCCACUUCUUCCUAACGCGUCUGCACCACGCGAGAAGCUAAAUGCGGUGGACCGCACACAGCAGAGAGGGUUUGGGUAUCUCCUAAUUGAAGAGAGUCAAAAUACUGAUUACAAGUGAAUCCUGGAUGUCUCUGAGAACAUAAGAAGUCAUGGCAGAAAAUGAUGCAAUGCCAACCUUACCAAAAAAGUGUGGUCCAUACAUUUCAUCAGUAACCAGUCAUGGCAUGAAUUUGGUAAUUCGUGGAAUAGUGCUGUUUUUUAUUGGCGUAUUCCUUGCAUUAGUAUUAAACUUGCUUCAGAUCCAGAGAAAUGUUACUCUCUUCCCCCCUGAUGUGAUCACAAGCAUCUUCUCCUCAGCUUGGUGGGUACCACCUUGCUGUGGCACAGCUUCAGCUGCGAUUGGGUUAUUGUACCCAUGCAUGGACAGACAUCUGGGAGAACCACAUAAAUUUAAGAGAGAAUGGUCCAGUGUAAUGCGAUGUGUAGCAGUCUUUGUGGGUAUAAAUCAUGCCAGUGCUAAAGUGGACUUUGCCAAUAAUAUCCAGUUGUCUCUCACAUUAGCAGCCCUAUCAAUUGGGCUGUGGUGGACAUUUGAUAGAUCACGAAGUGGCUUUGGUCUUGGAAUAGGAAUUGCUUUCCUGGCUACACUGGUGUCACAGCUUCUGGUCUACAAUGGAGUUUAUCAAUACACAUCUCCAGAUUUCCUUUAUGUUCGUUCCUGGCUGCCGUGUAUAUUUUUUGCUGGUGGAAUAACUAUGGGCAAUAUUGGCAGGCAACUGGCAAUGUAUGAAUGCAAAGUCAUUGCAGAGAAGUCUCACGAGGACUGAGGAGAAACAACGUGCACCUUCUAAACAGGAAAACAUCUGACAAAUGACUGUUGGAAGAGCAUAAGGAACACUUGACUGAAAUUGCCAAAAUGCAAUUUUUUCCCCCUUGAAUAGUAUUCUUUACUGCAAUCUGUGAUUGCUGCUUCUAUAGGAACCUUCGUGUCUGAUUUUUGAUUACUGUGAAGUUACACUAGUAUGCAAUACAUUUGACAAUAUUGGUUUGAUUAUAGGAUUGUUUUUUUCCAAAGCUAAACUGAGUUUACCAUAAAUUCUUGUCUGUCCGUAAUGUUGCAGUGCCAAACUGACCUUUGCACUACAUUUCUGUAGCUGAACCUUCUGCUUCACUUUAUCUUGAAAAUUUUGAAGAAUUUGUUCUUAAUAGUUCAGUGAAAGACAGGGAAUUCAAAUUUAGGAAUGAAAAUCUUUCGUUGAUGAUAGUUAGUAAUAUCCUUAUUAAAUUCAUGGAUUACAGUGAGCCUUGAUGCAGUAAGUAACUGACUUCUGCCUAUUAACAUGCUGUAUUAUUCUUUUUGAUCACAUCGUAGGUAAAGAAACUUAAUACGGAUUGUAUGGGUGAUUGCCAUACCGUUUCUUUUGUCUGUGUUGUGUGGCCAGUAUCGCGUAUCACAGAACCCAGAAAUGGAAACUUCGCUGAGGCUGGAAAUGCUUUGUGCUUUUUUUUCCCCUAGAACACCCAGUAUGCACAGCUUGGAUAUUGAUUUAUGUGGACCAUCAUCAGAUGUGGACAGAUUCUGAAACUGCUUGCUGUGUUGAGUAAUAGGAUAUAAUUCAGGUCAUUCUUCUACAGUCCCUUAAGCCAACUUGUGUUGGCCCCUUCUUUAAACAGAAAAAAACCCAUCCUCUGGGAGUUGUUAUUAUGAAACUUUUUUUCUGCUAAACUAAACCGAUGACUACCAUUUACUGACAUAAACCUUCCUUUUACCAAUGUAAAUUUUGAUAGCUGUUGUGUACACGUGCUCUGUUCACAGGGAUUGGCAGAAGUCUGGAUGCUGUAUUUUAGGUACUGAUGUAGCUUUUAUUGCUGUGGCCAUGGUCCAGGCACUCUUCAUUGCAUUUCUCAUGGCAACUUUCUGCAGUGGAUAAAUACUGUUAUCCCUAUUUUACAGGUGCCUGUGCACAGGAAGUCUGGUAAGACAGAGCUGAAGAAGGCUGUGUGCUAAUCAAUUCCCUUUCUGAGAAUAAGGAUUUUAAAGUUUGACCCAUAUUUGCAGGUGUAAAUGGAUUUUCCUCUGUUGGCUUUGCAGCUUGCUUUUAAGAUCGUAAGACAAAAGACCUUGUGCAAGAAGGCAGAAAGCAGACUUGAAGAAGACUCUGCGAACCUGUGCCAGCAGUGAAUUUGGGGUGGAAUUGUCUCCGUUUUCCCCCUUCUGUCUCUGUGUUGAUGUUGUUUUAAUGUAUUCUUUUGUCUCGAAUUACUGGGUUUUUUUAAAUCUUCCAUGAAAGGUUUAUAAGACAUGUUACAGUCACCUAGGGAGACUGGAGUUGGUCCAAAGAACAAAUAGAUGUUUAGAUAAGUUUUUAUUAAUAAAUGUGUGUAUGUAUUGUAUACAAAGCUUGAAAUAGAGAACUCUUUUUCAGUCUUACAUGCUUAUCUCUAAGUCUGAGAAGUAUGCAGUGGAGGGCUUCCAAAAGCAUGUAGCAAAAAUGAUAGUUGCAAAUCAUUUGCUGGAGAAGCUUAAAAGUAACAAAUAAGCGUAUGAUGUACAAAGAACUUGAUUCUGCAACUCCACAGAAUUUCACAGGCUUUUUACAGUUUCAUGACAAUUCAGCAAGAAAGCACUUAUAGAUGCACUUUCCUUUAAACUGAGGUAGACCAUGCUUCCGUAGAUCCCUGAGUAGAGGUUUUUGGUUUUUUUAAUCAAACCACAUGGCAAUAAAGGGUUUUAUUAAUGAAACCAACAAACCAUCAGGGCUUGAGCUUAGGGUGAGAUUCGAUACACGCGUUCUGGCAUUGCACGUGGGAAGCCGCUGGGUCCCUUUCCUCCCAGUAUUUGCCCUGAUCUGCCUGCUUCACUGAAGUGAAUGGUUUCAGCUUGUUCGGCAGCGUAGCGAGGCCCUCUUGAAUUAUCCCGGCAUGAAUGGCAGAAAACGUGUAGAUGUCGGUGUUGCGUAUCCUAAUUGUAGGGGUUAAUGUGGUACCUCUGUAGCCAGUGUGCUGACUCGGGAAACAUUUAAUUUCAUUGUGACCAAUAAGUUUAUACAACUGGAGAUGAGUAGGUUUUAUUAUUCACUUGGUGGCAGAACUCCUUUAACCUGCCUGUCUAAAUAUUUACACAGAACAAAACUUACUUAUAUUCAAAUGUGCAGUAUAUGAGAAGUGGUUAUUGUGCAUUUGUGGCACCCACUUUACAACACUUGUGCACUUGCAUUCAUGUAGACAUGAUUAGACUGUGCUGUCAACUAAUGUCUUAAAUUUCAUUUUUGAAAUUUUGAGCAGAUUGUGCAAAGGCAGCAAUCAUCCAAAAAACACUUGGGUGGAGUCCUUUAUAAUAUACUUUUUAUUUUUUUAUUCUUUGACUAAAGUUGAUGCAAGACUGAGCUCUUGGAUGCCAUAUUUUUUCAACCUGCAAUGUAUUUUUAUGGCUGGUAUGUUCAAACACUGAAAAAGGUUCAUGAUGAGAAUGCUGACACAGCCUUAACUAUAGUGGUGUGAACAUGCUGCUACUGUAAAGUGUGUUAUUAUAAUAAUAGACUGUCUUCAAAAUACUGUUCAGUAGAGAAUGAAUAAGUAUAUUUUAGAUACAACUUUAUAAGCACUCUAACCUCUUCACUAAUUAAGCAUUGUAAGGUCUAUGCUGUUUAAACUUGCAAAUUGCUGUUAAAAGCAAAAUGUGCAUUAAAUACAAUUACAACCUUG